AACACAUUUAUUCUGUCACAGCCUAUGCCCUGCUGUGUAUGGGAUUCACUCUUUCCUCUUUGCCUGUGUUUCUGCUUGUAUAAGUAACAUGUCUGUUCUGCAGACAUUUCUGCUGGGGCUUCCUAUUCUAUGGCUGCUAAGGCGUAUAUACUUGCCUUACUUGUGGCAGGAUCUUCGUUUCUCUUUCCAAGUCUUUCGCUAUGUUCGAUUUGUAGAACGAUGCAUAAAAACCUCCCGUACCGUGCUGGACAUAUUUCUGCAACAAGUAUCCACGAGACCUGAUGAAAACUUUAUUCUUUUUCAAGAUCAGGCAUAUAGCUUCAAGCAGGUUGAUCUUAAAAGCAAUCAGUUAGCCUGGACACUGAAAAACCAUUCCAAGUUGAAACAGGAAGAUUGUGUUGCACUUUUCCUUGGUAAUGAGCCUGCAUACAUCUGGAUCUGGUUGGGUUUAUACAAACUGGGAUGCUCUAUGGCUUGCUUGAACUAUAACAUUCGCUCAAAAUCUUUUCUUCACUGCUUCAGAUCCAGCGGAGCAAAGGUGCUAAUUGCUGCUCCAGAACUAAGGAGUGCAGUGGAGGAAGUGCUGCCUAUGUUAAAAGAAGAAAACGUCCAGGUAUUUUAUGUAAGCAGAGAAUCUGCUACAGAUGGGGUGGACAGUCUGCUUGACAAAGUGGAAGCUGCUUCUGACAACCCUGUUCCUAAGUCGUACAGAUCAGAUGUCACCGCCAAAUCCACAGCUCUGUAUAUUUACACUUCUGGAACUACAGGUCUUCCCAAGGCUGCUAUAGUAACUCACAGCCGGCUCUUAAUGAGCUCUUCACUUUCAACUUUAGCCGGACUGAAUUCAACAGAUGUGGUUUACAUUCCACUGCCUCUGUACCACAGCGCUGGCCUGAUGAUUGGGGUUCGGGGAUGUAUUCAAAAAGGAGCAUGCUGUGUUUUGAGAAGUAAAUUUUCAGCCAGUCAGUUCUGGGAUGACUGCAGGAAAUACAACGUGACUGUUGUCCAGUAUAUUGGAGAGAUAUUCCGAUACCUGUGUAACACACCUAAGAAAGACAACGAUAAGGAUCAUAGAGUAAGGCUUGCUGUGGGAAAUGGAAUCAGACCUGAUGUAUGGAAGGAGUUUGUUCAUCGCUUUGGUGAAAUCAAGAUAUUUGAAUUUUAUGCUGCAACUGAAGGAAAUGCUGUCUUUUUUAACUAUACUGGAAGAGUAGGUGCGAUGGGUAGAUCCAGCUUCCUGCAAAAGAUAUUCCGACCAUAUGGAAUUGUUAAAUAUGAUGUGGAAAAGGAUGAACUGGCCAGAGAUGCUUCAGGGAAUUGUAUAAGCGUAAAAACAGGUGAGACAGGUCUGCUAAUUGCAAAAAUAAGUGCAAUGGCUCCAUUUAGUGGUUACGCUGGAGAUAAGGCUCAAACAGAGAAGAAGAGACUCCGGAAUGUUUUCAGAAAUGGAGAUUUGUAUUUUAACACUGGGGAUUUAGUAAUGAUAGACAAAGAAGGAUUUAUAUACUUUCAGGAUCGAGUGGGAGACACAUUCCGCUGGAAGGGGGAGAACGUAGCUACAACAGAAGUGGAAAGUAUCGUUGCAAUGUCCGAUUUUGUGGAAGAAGCAAAUGUUUAUGGUGUUGCUGUGCCUUAUCAUGAAGGAAGAAUUGGAAUGGUUUCCGUGAAACUAAAAGAAGGCAAAGAAUUUGAUGGGAGAAAACUAUAUUCAACAGUUGCCGAUCUUUUGCCUACUUAUGCCAGACCUCGGUUUGUGAGAAUUCAGGAUGAAAUGGACGUUACAGGCACUUUCAAGCAACGCAAAGUGGCCCUUGUAAAGGAUGGUUUCAAUCCACUGACUAUAAAAGAUCCUCUUUAUUUCUUGGAUGAUAGUAAAAAAACAUACAAACCAAUGGACAUACACAUUUAUAAUGCAAUUGAGCAGAAGGAGUUGAAGUUGUAGAAGUAUGCUUAGGUUUUCACGAAAAGAACUUAUUUUGCCAUACAUUAUAUGCUCAAAAUGAAACUUGUCCUCCAUUUACUGAGUACUUAUAAAGAAAAAACAGAGAUCAGAAUUGAAUAUUGAAUUGAAUAUGAUUUUAGGAGCCAAUCAUACAGUUAAGGUGGCCAUAGACUCAAAGAUCCUCUCGUUUGGCGACAUCGCCAAACGAGCGGAUCUUUCCCUGAUAUG